ACACUGAAGACACAUUUGGCUAAUAAUCUAUCUUUGAUAGAUAUAGCAAUGAUGUAUGUGCUAGUAUCACGUAACUUCCAGUGUCUAAUGUGUAUAUACCAGGGGUAUAUUUGACACCGAAAAUAACGUCAAUAAAACCGGGAUCAAAGCACAUUACAUAGUGACUUCGGUGUGUAUAACAUGUAUAAAGAGAUAUGUGGAUUACUGGUGGCAUUUUGUUGCCGGUGUGUAUCAUUAGCAGUGCUGUUGUUACGGGACGACGUACAUACGACAUCCAACGCGAGAUCUCUCCUAUAGCGUUUUUUGGGUUUCGGAAGGAUGAGAAUCCUGUUGUCGGUGUGCUUCGCAACUUGGUACUGACUGAGCCUGAGGUACUCAAGUGCCCUUCUGAACUUACAGUUAGGGUGCAUAAGGUUACAAUUGGUUCGCCAGAUGGCUCUGAUUUUACUGAACCUACGACUGUGAGCCAUCGUUGUACGGAAACUUUACGUAGCAAGUGUUUAGACCGAAGCACAUGUUCGGUAUCAGUUUAUGAUUGCGACAAUAAGGCUGAUGGCAUCCCUGUGGGUACCGAUCGCAUCCUUCUUCAAUAUUCUUGCGAAUUGUCUGGAAAUCCCCAACCAUUAUUUGAUGGCAAACACUUUUUUGAAGGGGUGUUUCAACAAUUUUUGAUGGUCACAGGAAACGACACAUCUUCCAUAGGAAAGAUAGGUAGUAGAGCCUUACAACGGUCACUGCAGAGAUGUUUAUCUGUUGCUCACUGCAAAUAUGUUACCUGCAACGAUGCUGCCCUUCACAGUGAUGACUUUGUUGCCAUGCGUAACGUUUGCUCAUUUGUAAAACCGGAUACCUUCCGUAUACCCGGGUACGCAGUAUAUCCUAACUUUACAGGGCUCUGUAAAAGUCCGAAGUAUAUAGAAACACAUGACUUCCACGAACUUGCCCAAAAUGCGAGAGGGAUGACAAAUGGAUCGUUCGUCAUUGCAUACGAGCCAACUAAACAAUUUGGAUGGAACCCGAAACGUUCCGCCUGGGUUUGCACAGGAGUACCGACUAUAGUUCCCAUGAGAGGACAUGUAGUGGCAAUACCUGCCUCUGGCUAUCGCAAACACAAUGCGUUGGAAUCCACGCCCAUGCAACAUUAAUAUGAG